CUCGAAUAGUUUCCUAAACUAUCGACUUUGAUAAUAAUGUUAGGACUUAAGGAACAAGUAAAAGAGUGUCGGUGAUCGAUAAAGAGCUCGGCUCGCGCGUACCAUUCCGCCUUUUAAUUUCAUGUCUAGGUUAGGUGCUGCGUCGCUUCAAGAUUAAUAGAAAAAAAGGUAAAAGAAUAAUAAAGGUACAUAGGAUCGUUCAUUCUGGAUUACGGAAUUUGUUCGGUGGUAGAGCAUCUUUUCUCGUUGACGAUAACGGUCGGGACUAGAAUCAUCUGCGCGCCGCGCACCCCUUGUUGUCCGUUCUCUCCCCUCGACCGAGCCCUGAUUCCAUUGUAUUUUGUAUCCUUUUUCGACUCGGACUUGAAAACGAAAAAACCUCGGACCAAGAGCCAGGGACGCAAUUAUCCUGCAUUCAGACUGCGACCGAUAGCUUCGAUCCUUUUUUCGGGGGGGAUUCUUGUGUCCUGGAUGGGCGGCGAUGUUCUAUCGGGGAGUUUAACUCGCUAUGCUUUUCUACCAGAGAUUCAAUGAUAUUGCUCGAUCGAAUAGAGUACAUAUUCUCUUCUCGGUAACACAGCCACUUUAAAAGCGUAUUUGUUUGUAAUUUGUUGGUCGUUAUGUACGCGUACGCACUAGGCAUACGCAUGCCCGUGAAUGAUAAACGAGGCUCGAAUGAAAGUACAGAAAAUUAGCAAUUGGCAAUUUCGAAUUGGGCAUGUCGAAAGUGCAGCGUUCCUCGCGGCGCGGGGGUUUGGCCGACAUCGACGCCGACGGGCCGAUCUCGGGACGGGGCGAGCGUUGCGCAGGGGGUUUCCGUGCGCGAUGCCACAGCCAACCGACUGGUAGUAUCCAGGGGGCUGUUUUCUCCCUCUCAGUUGGCCGCGAUUCAGCGCCGGGUGUAUGUCCCGUUCGUCGCGGGCUAGAGCGACGCGACGCGACGCGACGCGACGCGACGUCGACGCGACGCGACGCCGACGCGAGAAACACGAGAGUCGUGUUCCGUUGUUGUCUUUCCCGAUUAAUCGCGUUACGCUAGAAACGCUCGAGUCUUGCGUUUUUCGUCAUCUCGAGUUGGAUUAGUCGAGUGUCGAAUCAAAAGGUGCCAGAAGUCUGAAAAGAGGCCAGCCGAACAAAGCGGAAAAGGACGAGAAUCGAAGGGAAACGGGAUCGAGAGGUCUUAUUUUGAACCGUCAAACUAUCAACGCGUUUUACGCAGAAUCAUCUGUUCGAAUUGAAUCGGUUCAACGUUUGCACGUGAACGAGUUAUCAGGGAUGAUCGGAUGUUGACAACGUUGGACAGAGUUCGUUCCUACGAGUAUUCGUUUAAUCGAUCGAAAUAAAUAACGUUGCCGUUUCCGCGUCGUGACCGAGCGAACCGAGUUUCCGAGUGGCGGUGGCUGAAAGAUUGAUUGCGUUAAAGAGGAGGAACUGGUGCACGAUCGCUUUAUCCGUUCCCGUUCCCGUUCCCGUUCCCGUUCCCGUUCCCGUUCCGAUCGAGCUGCGUUUCGGGGGCGUCGAACUAGCUAGUGUUUCCAGCCAGCGAAUCAAUUUCUACGUGACCAAUCGACCCGCACGGAAUACGCCAUCGCCAGUCGGGACGAUUCUAAUUAACAUCUCUCGAUCCCUUUUCCAAAAUUCGCCUUUUAAGAGUUUGCCGAACGAAUAACAGGCAUCAGGAUUUUCCAGGGAUAACGACCACCUCCGGUCGUAUAAAAAAUAAUCGAUAAAUACCAGGUUCCUUUCCACUCUGUCAGCUUCGAGUUGAAUUUGUUCUCGACGAAAGCUUCUCUAGUCUCGACCGAGUCGCAAGAUAAAAAUCUAGCUAGAAUCGGUCGAUUCGCGAUUUCACGAGAUAGAGAUCGAGCUACCGGCUACGGUCGAAAGUUUAAUCGAUGGAUACGCUGCUUCUCGCAGGAGAAUCUCUUCAAAGAUCCAAGAAGAAAAUCAGAGGUGAAGCAUGAGGACGUCGACGAGAACAUAGUCGGGUCAUAGUCGAUAAUCCGUUUGACGCGACGACUACUAGAAAAGAAAUCGACGAUAACGAGGAGAGAUCUAAGAUUCGCUACGGUAAUCUUGACAAUAAUCAAGUAAGACUGACGCGAGCGAAACGAUUAAUCGCGACAAGUAGAAAAAUAAGAAAGAAAAGAGGAGAGGAGAGAGCAAACGAUCGAUGCGAAAAAUGGUAUAUUUUCGUGUCUCGUUUUUUCGCCAAAAAACCUAACCUCGAACGCGAUGGGUCGCAAAAGGUGAUUAAUAGAAGUUCGGAGAGCCCAGGGAUUGACUUUGACUGCAAUUUCGAGGAAAAAGAAAUAUAUAGGUGUAUAUACAUAUACGUAUACAUAUACAUAUACAUAUACAUAUACAUAUACAAUAGAUGUACAAUACAUGUUCGAGUGCCUCUGAGAAGAUUACCGCGCGCUACUGCGACACUUUUUGUCCGAGAAAGGGUGGCGUGGCUGAAUCCAGAGAGACGAAGAGAUGUCACUGAAUCACAGAUAUUACAUCCAGGAGAAAAGGCGGGUUAGAGGUACGAUGACUGACGCACGGCUGGUCGAGGGCUGCGAGAUGCGAGAUCCGCCACAACCACAGUCACAGCCACGGCCACGGCCACAGCGUCAGGAUGUAUCAGUGGAGUAACGAGGUCUAUACAGAGAACGGGGUUAAGCUGCGCGAAGGUAACAACGGUGCCAGACGAGGGCGAAAACAGCUUUAAAAUGCCCAGAGCUUCCGUGGUACACAUGACGUCGACGGCGACGAGACCGCAGCACAUGUCGCAGGUUUUAGCCACCCUGGCACUGUCUAUGGGAACGCUAUCCUCGGGUUUGGCCAAGGGUUACACUUCGCCGGCCUUGGACUCCAUUCUAGACAACCAACCUCCUCACCUUUACCAAUCGUCCAACAACAACAACAAUAACACUUGGUCGGCUUUCUCCGUGACGCAACAAGAAGCCUCUUGGGUGGCGUCUCUGUCGAUGCUGGGCGCAUGGUUCGGUGCUAUGAUCGGCGACUGGAUAAUGAGAAGAGGGCGUCGAUUGGCCCUCCGCGCAACGUCGUUGCCUCUGACCGCAGUUUGGAUCUUCACCGGAAUCGCACCCUGCGUGGAAUUGGUCUACGUGACCAGCUUCGUCGGAGGUCUUUGCUGUUCGGUCAUCACGAUGGUUGGUCAGGUGUACAUAUCGGAAAUCUCGAUGCCGGGCAUCAGAGGCUGCCUAUCGGCCAUGUUGAAGGUGCUGGGUCACGUCGGCGUGUUAUUGUCGUACAUAGCGGGCAUGUACAUGAAUUGGCGGCAAAGCGCCCUGCUGGUAGCAGGAGCUCCCUCGAUGCUGUUUUUGGGAACCCUCUUUAUACCCGAGACGCCUUCGUACCUCGUUCUGAAUGGCAAAGACGACGAGGCAGCCAACAGUUUACAGUGGCUGCGCGGCGAUCACGUCGAUAUACGACACGAACUUCAGGUGAUCAAGACGAACAUUCUGGCCUCGAGAGCAAAGCAGUACGAGCUGACGUUCAAAAACAGUAUGUUCACGCCGCGAUUGUACAAACCCAUCGCCAUAACGUGCGGCUUGAUGUUUUUCCAAAGGUUUUCCGGGGCGAAUGCGUUCAAUUACUACGCGGUCAUUAUAUUCCGCCAGACCUUGGGUGGCAUGAAUCCUCACGGCGCGACCAUUGCGAUUGGCUUCGUGCAAUUGUUGGCUUCCCUGUUAUCGGGAUUCCUGAUCGAUAUCGUGGGCCGUUUGCCGCUUCUGAUAGCCAGCACCGUGUUCAUGUCGUUGGCAUUGGCAGGUUUCGGUAGCUACGCUUACUACAUGUCGCAGACGCAAAAUCUGGGCUAUCCGGACAACGCGGUUGUCGGCCAACACGACUGGAUACCGUUGCUUUGCGUACUCGUCUUCACGACAGCUCUCGCUCUGGGCAUAUCGCCAAUUUCGUGGUUAUUGAUUGGCGAGCUUUUCCCCCUGGAGUAUCGCGGCCUUGGUUCGAGCAUCAGCACCAGCUUUAGCUACUUUUGCGCGUUCGUUGGGAUUAAACUCUUUAUGGAUUUUCAGCAGACGUUCGGACUGCACGGAGCUUUCUGGUUUUACGCGGCUGUGGCGGUAUGCGGACUGUGCUUUGUCGUUUGCUGCGUCCCGGAAACGAAAGGGAAACAGCUGGACGAGAUGAACCCAGACUACGCGCAAGCACGGUAGUAUAAGGCCUCGCUGACAGGAGGCCUGUCGAAUCUGGAAAAGGCCAACAAGCCCCUGCCAGGAGGAGCUUAUCCUAAUCAACACGAUCCACGGGAUCUGUACAACUCGAACCAUCCGGGCACAUCCUGUCAGACCUCAGCCAACAGGAGCGCUAGUAAUCGAAAAUUAUCCGACUACUGCAACAUUUUCGCGGAGAAAACCAACAGGAUCGGCAGAAACGUCGAAAGCUUUAUGCAGUCUCGUGGAUUCUUCGCGAGCCGUUGUUCCAUCGACGAGACCGCCAAUCGAGGAACCAACGCGACGACCAUUCGCAAAAGCAACGGUGACGCGAUCAGGACCGAUUAUCGGUUCCCCGCACGACCUCGACCGGCACAUCGAUUCGACGCCGACGCCGACGCCGACGCCGACGCCGACGCCGACGCCGACAAUCGAAACAAUCGCAAACGAUACCGAAACGUUUACCCGCAGGAGACGAGUAUCGAGACGAACAGCAUCGAUCGCGGUUCGGAGGUUCCGAUACACCCUACAACGGAUAGAAGACGCGCCGCGGCCGUCGGCAAUCAUUACGCGGCUGCAUACGAACCAGCGCAUCCAUGGAGAAAUCUCCCUGCUCUCGGCGAUCCGGGUGUCUCGAAACCGAUUCUGAGAAAUGGAACGAGUCGCGCGAGAGCUGAAAGGACCUACAGCUCCACCCUGCCAAGACGCAGCAGGCCCAUCAACUUCCGAAAGCAGUCAGACUCCCUCGAGUCGCGUCGCGGCUAUCCCAAGAGUCUGCAAGAUCUCUCGGACCUAGACUUGGAGCUAGACGACAGGAUCGAGGAGCCCAGUAUUUCGUCUUUUCUAUCCCCGAGUGACCGAGACUGGACGGCCAGGUUAGACGACGUAUAUCGUCGUCGAAGAUACCGAGAGGACCAACUCGAAGAUGAUUAUCUCAGACUGUACAGAAGCAUGUCGAGGCUGGACAAGUAUACCCAGGCCGGAAGAUACGAGCCCGGACAGGUGCACUACGAAAGAGAGUGUAGAACAUUUGGCAAAGACACGGUCGCCUUCAUCUAUUAUAAAACGUGUUAUUUGUGAUGUACGAGAAAGGCAAGGGUCGACGACCACUCGAGAGCCUCUUUAUCGGGCAAAUCUUUACAUCGUCUAUCCACCACGAUCACGAGUUGUAAUUUAGCGGGAACGCCAGCCGCGGCGAUCCCAAUCGAAAUUCUAAACGCGAUCUUUCUACUGCUCGGAAUACAUUUCGCGAUUCAUCUUUAGAUCAUUACGGUAUCGAUAAAUCGAGAUCUCGUCAGCGGUGGCUUUAGGUAGCCGAGUUCCUUUUUCCUUUUUCCUUUUUCCUUUUUCCUUUUUCCUUUUUCCUUUCUCCAACACGUAAAAUAAUCGACGACUUACAAUCAAUAGUCGUCCAUGUACAAGGUUGGUCUCGGAAACCAUUCGACAAAGAGUCCCUUUUCUUAAUCGUCGUCUUUGAAUAAUCGACAUUCUAAAGAAUCUCGUAUCGCGUAAUCGAAAUGGUACAAUUUAUAUACCAAGUAGCAUUUAGACAAAGCUAGUCGUCGAGUUGAAUGUUCAUCAUUUCUUUGACCAGUUUUACGGCUCACUCUCGAUGUAAACGUGACAAGCGGACACGAAUGAAUCCCGUCGGCUCUAGUAGCGAUCUUUGUGUCUGUCUUGAAACGUCGAACGAUAUUUUGACCAAGAUAAGCAUAUGAAUUAUUUUCGGUACUUAUCGCAACCUUCGAAUGAAUUUACUCUGGACUUGCACUCGAAAAGAAUCUCGUCGGAAUAAAAGAACGCUCUUCCGUGCACGUGCCUUCUCAGAGAGCACGCAAAAUGCAAAUUACACUAGACGUAGAUACGUAUGUAAAUACACGACAAAAAAAGAAAGAGGAAAAAACAAGCAAGAGUCGAAGGGGGAAAUAAGGAAACGUUAAUACAUAGAUACUGGGAAUACACUCGAUAGACUGGUUCGUCGCGAUGAUCGACGUGAAAACUUACACGCGAAUAUUUCUUUGUUAUGUUCAAUGUCUUUGAACUUGGAAUCGUAACGAUAUACUAAAAGAUAGAAAAGAUUUCACUACUUCCAAAAAUCAAAUUCUUGUUCUUUCGAGCGUGUAACGAUCGAUCGAUGCGCGUAUAUUAAAUUUAGCGGUUAGUUUUGCUGGUGAAAAUCGGGGCCGCAUCUCGUCAACGAUGAACGCGUUGUUAUCAGAGAAAUGAAACGCUGGUACAGCGUUCGCGAUAAACUGCAUCGUGAUACAUAACGAAAUGUUCUACCGUAGGUAAAGCGACUCGAUUUAUUUUUUCAUCGACUUAAUUAUAUCCGCGCUUUGCGCUAGUGUAACGUAUAUGUAUAGCACAUAAUGACGAUCUUGGAUUCGCGGUGCAACUGAAAACAGAGUGAUUCGUCGGAGAAAGAAGAAAUUUCAAAAAAAUUUCGAAUAAACUUGAUUCCUAAGAGAUAUCUUUUUCAUGAUAUUUCAGUUUCAAAGUAUGCGGCAAUUCGAGUAAUGUGGAUCAAGUAAAAUUACCGAGUACCCUGUAUAGCGUUGGACGUAAUAUCUUUGCCGAAAAAGACAAAUAUUUCAUGUUCAAUAGCAAAUAUAAACAACACACCGAUGGCCUCGUUCGAAGAAUUUAGCGUAAAGGCCAUUCGCUUAACGAUGACAAUAUUCAAAAUGUAGAUACUAUAUGUACAUACGUACAUUAUCUUUCAUACUAAUCGUAAGUACCUACCUAUCGUGUAAAUCGAUUAUCAUCGUACAUUGUAUAGACGCGCGUGUCCAUAUGGACGCAUGGUUGUUCGGACUAUGCGACACCGGAUCAACAAAUUUUACGACAAUACU